AUGGCGUCCGAGAUGCACCACCAGCAGCAGCAGCAGCAAAGCCAGGACGAGAUGUCGAACCAGUACCCACAACACGCCUAUGACUUCAACCUCGAGUAUCCCCCGCCGCCGCCGGUCCAGAGCCAUAGCGCUCAGCUCCCGCUGAUGGCGGUACCGGGACACGAUCAUUGGGAGGGCACCAUGAGCCUUGACGCAACCGGGCAGACCGCUCCGGCGGGCGUGCAUCCAAGGAUAACGGCGACGAUCUGGAAGGACGAAGAUACAGUAUGUUUUCAGGUUGAUGUUGGUGGGAUAUGCGUUGCUAGGAGAGAGGGUCCGCCACUUGUUUCCUUCUCUGACCCCACGUCCCGAAUCUUGGGACAAAGUCCACAAUCCGUACGCGUUUGCGGAAAACUAACGAUGGUGGUAGAUAACCACAUGAUCAAUGGAACCAAGCUCUUGAACGUAGCUGGCAUGACUCGUGGCCGCCGAGACGGCAUCCUCAAAAGCGAGAAGCAGAAACACGUCGUGAAGAUUGGCCCGAUGCAUCUGAAAGGCGUUUGGAUCCCAUUCGAGCGCGCCCUCGAGCUCGCCAACAAAGAGAAAAUUACCACCGCGCUCUACCCGCUCUUCGUGCACAACAUCGGCGCCUUGCUAGCCCACCCUGUAAAUAGUGGCUAUCCCGCCGCAGACGUGGCCCAGAUCCCGCGCAACCAGGAGGCCAUUGCUUACCCACAGGGUAUGCAGAAUGUGAGAUCCGACAUGAUAGAUCCGCAGAUGAGAGGCUUGAGCUCCGUGCACGCGGAGAACGAGAAUGGACAGGGUGCGUAUGAGUAUGGUCACAUCUAG